UGUUCCAUUUUCAUUUUCUUCCCCAUUUAAUGGGAUAGCUACGCUACCUGCACUCUUUUGCAGUAAAUAGGAAUCUCGUGGGGACUGGUUUCAUGUCAACUGACCAGAAGAAAAAACUUCUUUGGGGCGGCAAGAAGAACAGUUCCGAGGAGUCCGGCAAUCGAUGGGAUUUUCAACUCUUUGCUGAUCGAGAACGCCAGGAAAAGUUCAACAAGCUCAUGGGUGUGAAGGGAGAGGCAAUUCCUCAAGAGCGGAAGCCCGACGAGAAGGAUGUGGAGAAGCAGAAGGAGCUGCAGACAGAUUUGGAGAAGCAGUACACUGCCGGUCUGCGACGCAGAGAUGGCCGCACAGUUGGUCUUGGUCUGUAAUUGUCAUCCUCUUCUUCUUAUUCUGUUUUCGAACCAGAAAUUUACUACUGAAAAAUGGAUUUGAUUGUUCUGUAAUCUUUUGCAGUGAAUUUAAAGCUGAAUGUUCGCGACUCUUUUUGAAGUUUUUAUGUUAUAUUUCCA